AUGAGAGCUGGCCCGCUCCUCUUGGCCAGGGCAGCCAGCCUGGGCCUGAGCAUCUCCAUUCUGCUCUCUUGCUGGUUGGAGCCAGGUGUGGCGGCCAAGGAGUUGAAGUUUGUGACCUUGUUGUUUCGACACGGAGACCGAAGUCCCAUCGAAACCUUUCCGAAUGACCCCAUUAAGGAAUCCGCCUGGCCGCAAGGAUUUGGCCAACUCACACAGGUGGGGAUGGAGCAGCAUUACAAGCUUGGAGAAUAUUUGCGAAGAAGAUAUGAAACAUUCUUGAAUGAGUCUUACAAGCGCGAACAGGUUUAUGUCCAGAGCACGGAUGUCGACCGGACUUUGAUGAGCGCUAUGGCCAACCUUGCAGCUCUGUUUCCCCCGGAAGGCAUCAGCAUCUGGAAUCCCAACCUCCCCUGGCAGCCCAUCCCAGUGCACACGGUGCCCGUCUCAGAAGACAAGUUGCUGUAUCUGCCUUUCAAGCACUGCCCUCGUUUUAAAGAACUUGAAGAUGAGACGUUGAAAACAGAGGAAUUCCAAAAGAGGCUGCGUCCCUAUAAGGAUUUUAUAGAAAUGUUGCCAACAUUUUCAGGCUACCAAGGACAGGACCUUUUUGGGAUUUGGAGUCGAGUGUACGACCCCCUGUUUUGUGAGAGAACCCACAAUUUCACGUUACCUUCCUGGGUGACGGAGGAUAUCAUGGCUAAGCUGAGAGAACUUAGCGGUGUAAGCCUUGUAGCACUGGCAGGGGUCUCCACGGAGUACUCGGUGGAAAUGUACUAUCGGAACGAGUCUCAGCAUGAGCCGUAUCCCCUCACGCUGCCAGGCUGCACCCACAGCUGUCCUCUGGAGAAGUUUGCUGAGCUCCUUGCCCCUAUCAUCACUGACGACUGGGAUGGGGAGUGCAUGACCACGGCGGUGGCGGACCACCAAGUGUUGAAGGUUGUACUGGCCAUUGCCUUUUGCCUGGUGGUCAGCGUGCUAGCGCUGCUGCUGUUCACCCUCAUCCGCCACGGGCCCUGCUGGAAAAGAGAAUACUCCCAGGACUUCUGA